GGAAGUGCUGCAGCAUCAGUCCAGGCAGGAGCCCGGGACCCGGGACAGAGGCACGUCUCCCCCCCUCCUCCCCUUCUCCGGGGACACCCCCCUGUCAUCUGCCCCACACAUGCCGAGUCCGGAGGAGCCCCCCGCACCGAUCCCUAGCACAGCCGCCUGAUCCCUCCACAUCCCAUCCUACUACCCCCCUUGUCACCCCCAGCCACACCGCCCGGAGACAAUGAUGCAAAGCUCAGCACUCGCCACAGACCCCCCUCCCGUCAAGGGGCUUCCAGAAAUCCUCGGGCUGCCAAUGCAACAGAUCCCACGUUGCUCCGGAUGUAAUGAGCACAUUUUGGAUAAAUUCAUCCUAAAAGUUCUGGAUCGUCACUGGCAUAGUGCGUGCCUCAAGUGCUGUGAGUGCCAGGUGCCCUUAGCUGAACGCUGCUUUUCCCGGGCUGGGAAUGUAUACUGCAAAGAUGACUUCUUCAAGAGAUUUGGCACCAAGUGUACAGCAUGUCAGCAAGGAAUCCCUCCAACUCAAGUGGUACGGAAAGCCCAGGACUUUGUAUAUCACCUGCACUGCUUUUCCUGUGUUAUUUGUAGUCGACAACUGGCUACUGGUGAUGAGUUCUACCUCAUGGAGGAUGGUCGGCUGGUUUGCAAAGAGGAUUAUGAGACUGCGAAGCAGAAUGAUGACUCAGAGGGAGGCGCAAAGAGGCCUCGUACCACAAUAACGGCCAAACAGCUGGAGACAUUAAAGAAUGCCUACAAGAACUCUCCGAAACCAGCCCGGCAUGUGAGGGAGCAGCUGUCGUCAGAGACGGGGCUAGACAUGCGUGUUGUGCAGGUUUGGUUCCAAAACAGACGUGCAAAAGAGAAGAGGCUCAAAAAGGACGCAGGGCGGCAACGCUGGGGGCAAUUCUAUAAGAGCGUCAGGAAAUCUCGUGUAGGGAAGCCUGGGAAGGAAAGCUCUGCAGAAGAUUGUGGCAUUAGUGACAGCGAAUUAAGCUACAGAGAUGACCAAAUUUUGUCUGAGCUGGGAUCUUCAGGAGGCAUUUACAGUGCAGGAGGGGACCUUGUAAAUAUGCCACUGACCAAUGGAGGCUUCACGAUAGAUGGCACUGGACACUCCUACCAAGAUCUUCAUGAUGGUAGUCCAUAUGACAUUCCUCAGUCACCCUCUUCUAUCUCCUCCCUUCCAUCACAUGGAUUGCCAUACAGCAUGGACAAUUCAGGGGGGAUUUUACCCCACGCUCCUUUACGAGCACUACCAGCUGCACCCACAUCCGAUAUUUCCACAGAAAGCAGCAUGGGCUAUCCAGAUUUUCCUACUAGCCCAGGUUCCUGGUUAGAUGAGAUGGAUCAUCCUCCAUUUUAAAAUAAAACAAAGAAUUGAGGUCAGACCUUAUAGACGAUCACUGAGUUUGCCAAACUCUGCAGACACCAUACUCAGCCUUCAGAAAACGAUCAAAUAAAACCACAAGCUCCUUCUUAAGAACAAUACUAUCAAACUGAUGCAAACUGCACCAAAUCCAUCAUGUUGAAAAUGGAGUUGUACAAGCAAGUUGGAGGAGCCUUCAGAGACAAUAGUUGGAAACACAAGGUGAUGACACUGAAAUGGAAUGUUUGCACUUUUGUGGGUCAAGAUCUCCCUACCUAAUCCUGGGAGAUUUCAAGAGACAUAUCUUCCCACUCUUCUCAAGUCUCUAGGGGCCACGUUAUACUGUGCUCAUGAGUAUAUACACCAUCAUGCCACAUGAAUACAGCUGAUGGGUAUCCCGGACAAUACUGCUGGUCUUCCUAAAUGGCAUAGACCAUUAGUUUUGACAUGCAGCCGACAAUCUUUACCCAUUUUAAUGCAGCAUCUGUCGUGGGCUAGGAUCUUAUCGUUCCAAAUAAAUGAUGUAGAGGAA